ACCAAUGAAAAAAGUUGUAAACUUGUAGGUAGACUGGCUACUGGCUAAUCGACUAUUGUGGCUAUAUCUAAUGAGGAAACAAAGGAGCAAUAGCAAAGAUGCAAAACUCUUGAAUAAAUAUAAUAUAAACAUAAACGGCUAAACGUCAAUUUUUUUAACAUGGCGACUUGGCCAAGUCACCGUUUCUAGUAGUAGUAGGGAGUGACUGGAGAGAGUGUAUUAUAUUUUAUUCUUACAAAGUUCUGAUUCUGAGAGUAAAUUAUAUUGCAUUACAUUACAAUGGAGAACUUCUUUCCAAGCAUGUGGAAAGUGCGAGAAAUCGCUGAUAAAGUGACUAACGUUGUGAUGAAUUACACCGAGGUUGAAGCAAAAGUCCGAGAAGCUACAAAUGAUGAGGCAUGGGGUCCCACAGGGCAGAUAAUGCAAGAACUAGCCCAUUCCACCUUCACAUAUGAGCAUUUUCCAGAAGUAAUGUCUAUGCUCUGGAAGAGAAUGCUCCAGGACAACAAGCAGCAUUGGCGAAGAACAUAUAAGUCUCUCCAAGUUUUGAGUUAUUUAGUGAAGAAUGGCUCUGAAAGAGUUGUAACUUCAGCUAGGGAACAUAUCUAUGAUCUAAGAUCUUUAGAAAACUAUACCUACAUUGAUGAUGUUGGAAAAGAUCAGGGUAUUAAUAUCAGGCAUAAAGUCAAAGAACUCAUUGAUUUCAUACAAGAUGAUGAUAGACUACGUGAGGAGAGGAAAAAAGCCAAGAAAAAUAAGGAUAAAUUUAUUGGAAUGAGUUCAGAUACAAUUGGGAUGAGAUUUGGAGGUUCUGCUAGAGAAACUUGGGAUGACAGACCUUACAGUAGAGAAACGUCAAGAGAAGCUAAUGACUGGGACGAAGCUAAUUCACCUAACCGCUAUCGAGACAGAACGUAUGAUGAAGAAUAUGAUAUUGACAAGGAAGACAGUGAUCCGGAAUUGAAAAACACGAAUAACGCCGACAUUAAAAAAUAUCAGGAUGCCGAUUUGCCAACUAGUCCCACACGCGUAGAAAAGAAGGUCAACAUCAAUAUCAACCCAUCUUUAACACACUCGCCGAAAAAGUCGAGUAAGCCGUUGAAAAAAGUGGACCUAGGAGCUGCCGCUAACUUUGGGAGGGACACAAGUCAGAGCCCUAUGCCUCGCGCCAGCGGCAAUUUAUUGAACGACGAUUUCGACCCCAGGGCUAGCGAGCCGGUGAAGGACAGGAAAGAGUCCAAUGAAUUCGGCGAGUUCGAAAGCGCUUUCGGUGGUGCAGCGACCACAACCUCUCAGAAACCUGAAGACGACUUUGCGGAUUUCAGCUCAGCGUUUUCUCAAGCCCCCCAAAAUACAUCACAAUACUCCAGCAUUCCCAACCUGAUGGGCCCAGGGUCCAAUGUCGUACCCCCGCCGAGUUCUAACGGCCCUAACCUGCUCAUGGGGAGCCCCCCGCCCAAUUUACUCGGAGGAUCGGCGACGUUUGCCUCUCCGCCAUUAGCUAAUAAUCUUCUGGGUACCAGUAGGGUUCCAGCUCAGAGUACUCAGAGCAACAGCGAUUUGUUGGGGGAUCUAGGAGGCUUUGGAAGUAUGAGCAUACAGCCACAGCCUGCGCCAACGACGACAAAUAACAACUUUGGGCUGUUAGGAAAUUCGAAUAUUGACCUCUUGGAUGGUUUGAGCUCAGAUACCAAUAAAGGUGACACCCGAGUGGUCAGUGUGAAUGUGUUUGGUGAACAUUUGAGUGAAGUUUCCAGAAGAAGAAGUAGAACAAUACGAAAAUCUCCAGCCGAGAAAGAGCUCACCGACCUAUUAUACAGUGUAGUCCAGAAUUUGGAAAAAAACAAGAAAAUCACUUCACAAGAUCAAGUCGAUGAUCUCUUGUCAAAAGUACAGAAGAUCGUUGAGCUUCUUCCUGGACCUUUAACAGUACAAAAACUGGCGGGGAUGGAUGAGAGUUGUUCCACUGAAAAUAUAGAGGAUUCCUAUGAAGUGUUCAUUGAAUGCCUCGUUCAACAUUUUGAUGCUAAUUUUCCCUUCAGAGAUAACAAAAUCUAUGAACCCAUGAAACAGUUAUUUCUGGUAGAGGAUGUUAGGUAUUUCACCGUAAAUUUCAAAGUUCUACUGCAUCAUAUUGAUGAACAUGCAAAUAUUGAAAUAUUACGAAUGCUCUUAGAUUCUGACGCAGUUUUUGUCUCAAUUUGUCAUUACAUUUUAGGAAUGCAUUCAUCAGAUGAAUUGUCCAAGGAAGAAAUCUCAAAUGCUUGGAAGAACUUUGUAACUCAUCUAAUAUCACUUCCUUCAAGAAUGGCUAAUAUUUUAAGUGGAAAUGUCCCAGAAUUAUUUCUCACCGAACAAUAUGCAAAUUAUUUGAUUUUUAAUCUGUUAAAAACGGUAGAAUUUUUAUCUGAAUUAUUAUUGUAUAAAUAUCGAAAUGAGUCAGGCAUAAAUUAUGAGUGGUUAUCAUAUUUUGUUGGAAGAUUAAUAGUUGACUACAAUGAGCGGUUGAAAUCAAAAGGUAUUAUUAAUCUUAUUCAGAUUAUUGCCAUUCUAACGAACAAGCCAUCAAACAAAGCGAAGCUAUAUCAAAGUAUCUUUCAAAAUUUGUUGUUGAAUUUAGAUAGGUCAGCAAUCGACAUAUUUGCGAAAAUGUUCUUAAGCAAUCUGGAUCCACAAAAUUACAGUCUUAAAGCUAUAUUUGGAAAUGAUCUCAUCAACAAUGAAGCUUGGAAAUAUGUCUUAUGUACAAAAAUUCCGUUAUUAACGUACUUUGAGAGGGAUUAUUCAAAGUUGAUUAUCAACCUUGUGGUAUAUGUAAGUUCAACAUCUCCUCCACUGACAAUGAAAUUGUUUAUUGAUUUAUUAUCCAUUUGGGCGGACAGAUCUUCAAUCAACCACACAAGUAUUGAGCAGCAAAUCUUUAUAACAAAAGUUUUACUUUUCAAUGCAAACUCAUUGAGGAACAUUGGCUUCAGUGAAUAUGAAGCUACCAAAAUCCGAGAAAUAAUAUUUUCUGGAUUACCAGUACAUUUAGAAUCUUCAAAUGAAAUUAUUAGAGCUAUCGGAAUGAAAACAGGAGAGAUUCUUAUAAAUUUGCUACACGAGGAAACAGAAAAAAGUGAAAACGAGCUGAAAUUUCAAUAUAACAAUCUGAAAAUUGAAUCAAAAAAUCUGGUUAGUGAGUUGCAAGAUAUCUCGGAUGAGGACAUUCAGUGCUACUUCAAACCCAAGACCGACUUCAAAACAGACCUUGGAGAAAUACUGUCGAAAUUGUCAAGAAACCAACAAAACGAUGUUAUUGAAUACAUACCACCUGAACGUCAAUUCCAUAAGAAGAUUCAAACAGAAGAGCCCAAAAAUGAAUUUAUAAUUACUGACUACAAAACCGAUUCUCGAAUAAAAAUCAUUGACAGCACUGGCUUUGAGUUGGACUCAGAUGAUGACUUGGAGCCUUAUGAUUUGUCAAACGACGUGAAAGUAUCGAAGAAAAAUCCUCCGGCAUAUUUAAGAGAUUUGAGGGAUGGUCUUUUAGAGUCUCAAGAUCAGGAAAUAUUUUCUUUGAACUUGGAAAAUUGCGAAAAAAUCAUAACCUCGCAGCUCUCUGAUGAUGAUCCUAGUAUUGGGUUAGAAAUCUUGGAGAUUUUGUUGUCCCUAGAACCCCGAUUCUAUGUGGAGAAUUUUGAUGAUCUGGUUUUUCAGAGUUGUGUAGCAAUAUCAUAUGUCUAUCCAGCUUGUUAUGUUGAGUUUUUAUGUAAACAAAUUCAUGCUGAUAUUGGAACAUACUCUAUAUCGAAACGUGUUUUCAUGUUGGAUAUUUUAAGACAGACGGCAAGGAAUUUAUCGACGGUGAAAGAAAGUGAAACUAAAGUCCAGCUGAAAAAAACCAAGAGGCAAGGAGACAUAGAUAGUGCAGAAGAAGUCAUUAGGAAGAGAUUAGAAAAUAAAACUAGGUACUUUAGCAGGCAUAAGUAUGUUAUAAAUGAGCAUUUAAAUAAGUUUGCAGAAGUAGCUGGCCAUUUCUUCUUUCCAUUACUCUACGGAUACAAUCAGAACAGGAUGCUUUGCCAAUCUGCCGAUAAUGACAGCGACUGUAUAUUAUUGAUACAUUUUAUCGAAACGCUUGCUGUGGUGAUGUGUGCAUCACAAAAUUGUCCUAUUGCUCCAAGAAUGGCUAAGGAAAUUUUCCACUUUUCUUGGUUCUUACGAUUCCAUAAGGAAGUCAGAGUGAGGAUAUCAAUUCUGACACUUAUUUCAUCAGCUAUUGUCAACAUCCCACAGAGCAUACUGGUUCAAGACUUUCUGAAUGAAUUAUUUGAAAUUAGGUUAUGGUUAAUCGAUUUAUUGAGCCCUAAUGUUGCCCAUGGAGAGCCAAAUUUAGAAUGUAGGAAUCUCGCGGCAUGUGCCAUUGUACUUAUAGAGGGAGUUCUAAAAGUUGAUGUGGAUUUGGAUAAUGAAUCGUAGUUUGUAUUAUUUCUUGACAUUUAGGUAUCUACUCAUUAUUUUUUGUAUAACAAAACAUUUGAACG